CGACAGAAAUCUGUUGCUUCCCCUGGGCGUGGUAUUCUGGCAAUUGAUGAGUCAAAUGCAACAUGUGGAAAGAGGUUAUCAUCUAUUGGUUUGGACAACACAGAAGUGAACCGCCAGGCUUACAGGCAGCUUUUGCUGACAACUGCUGGUCUUGGCGAAUAUAUUUCUGGUGCUAUUCUUUUCGAGGAGACCCUUUAUAAAUCAACUACAGAUGGCAAGAAGUUUGUUGACUGCUUGAAGGAUCAGAAUAUCAUGCCUGGCAUCAAGGUUGACAAGGGUUUGGUUCCAUUGCCUGGAUCCAACAAUGAAUCAUGGUGCCAAGGUCUUGAUGGUUUGGCUUCAAGGUGUGCUGAGUACUAUAAGCAGGGGGCGCGCUUCGCAAAGUGGUCUGUUCAUACUUCCCUUAUUCAUGUGUCAACUAAUCUUAUUUGUGCUUCCUUUCUAAAGUUGCUAUGAUUAUCGACUUAGUACAGCUGGGUUGAUGUCGUUUGUGAGGAUGGUGUGUCAGUGUUAGCUCUGGUAAUUAGCUUCGGUGUUAUUACUUGACAUCUGUUGUCCAGUUGUGAUAUCUGUGAAUUUCAUCUAUUAAAUCUUAUCUACAUAUAUUUAUGCUUUUCUUUGUGAAAUUAUGUAAGAAAAUUUCUACAUACUAUAUAUAUGACUGUGUCACUGGUGA